CGGCAUCAUGGCAGCAGGUGUCAUACUCCUGAUGCUGUUGGCAGUACUGGGUUUAACUUCAGCUGAUUUUUUUGGGGAUAGCAUUAGUUUUAUGAAGCCACACAAGGACCCUGAUGGAAAUAUUAAGGUGGCCUUCCAUCACAGACAGAAUGGCAGGAAUAACUGUGUUCACCCAUCAUCCUAUGCAUGUGAGAAGUGUACAAGCUUCAUCAACGGUAGUGUCAUCCAAACAGACCAGGACAACACUGGCCAGGGCAGGUGGUGUCAAUCUGAGGGACAUACAAUGGCAAAUGUCUCAUUAAAUGCCUCCCAUAUUUCUCUGAGUAACACAGGUUGCUGCUGGGCAACGAACGAUACAAAAACUAAUUGGACAGCCCAUGCACAUUUGGACCUCAGAACACGGUCUGACACUGAAGCCCUUAACAACUGUCCUGUAACCACUACAGUGUCCUCCCUCAGGGUGCCCCAGAACUGUUUUUCAAGCAUUCAUCUUUUAGCGUAUGAUCCAGAUGGAGAUCAUGUGAAGUGCCACUCGUCUGCAGAAGCCACAGUUCAUAACAACAUUACUAUUAAUGAGACUACUUGCACACUAGAAAAGACAGGGCACGUCAGGAAUGGUGUCUACAUUUUUGAAUUAAUGCUUGAGGAUUUCCCCACAAAAAAAAUCAAUCUGUCCCAUGCAAAUGGAACAUCAACAUACUGGGAGACCUCAGAUGAAAACGCAUCACCUCUUUGCAAGCUAAAACUGCAGUUCUUGCUAGAAAUCCUCCCUUCACUGCCAAACUGUGAACUUGGUCAUGUGCAACCCAAGUUCUUGGAACCAACACCCAAACACAAGUAUGUGUUUCAUGCCACUGUUGGUGACAAAUUGAUUCUUCAUGCCAAAGCUCAGGCUCAUCAUGCUAUCAUUAAUGACUUUCAGGUCAGCGGCCCCCACAACAUGAAAAAACACUUCAAUGAUGGUGAAUAUGGAAAAGAUGAACUUACCUUAACCUGGACGCCACAAGAUAGUGAUGCGUACAGAGUUGCACCAGUCUGCUUCACUGCAGAGACAAAUGAAUCCCAAUCAGAGAUGAGGUGUGUUGUUGUCAUUGUGAGCAAACCAGCGUCCGUUCAUGGUAAAACGGCUGUGACAUGCACAGCCAACCAGAUGAUGGUUGCUAUUGACAUAUCUACAUUGCCUGAAGUGGACGUGAACUAUCUCUCAUUGAAUGACCCAUCAUGCUUGGUCACUUAUAACAGCACUCAUAUCACUGGCUCUGCGUUGUUCACCAACUGUGGUACAAUAAUUGAGGAUGAAGAAAAGUAUAUUAUUUUCAAGAAUCAGAUCCAAACCAUACCUGAUCCGUCAAAAACGGUAUUCCGAAGAAAGAUGGUGAAGAUUGGGUUCUCCUGCCAGUUUCCUAAAACAGCCACCAUCUCCUCAAAUUAUAAUGUUGAAAAGUCUGAUUACAUUUUCAGCGACUCCAAAUUGGACAGCUUUAGCUAUUCGUUUGACGUUUAUACAGAUGGCAACUUCACAAGUAAGGUACAGCUCAGUGAUUAUCCAGUGCAGAUCGAGUUUCUUCAAAACAUUUUUCUGGGCAUCAAGGCAGAAUCAGAACUAGCAAAUAUGAGUUUGUUCCUGGACUCAUGUAAAGCCACCCCUGAUGACAACCCUGACAAUGCUGACUUCUAUUACCUUGUCAAGGAGGGGUGUGUGAAGGAUCAGUCUUUAAAUGUGAAAACAGUUGAUAUAUUGUCAUACCACUUGGAGUUUCAAGCUUUCAGAUUUAAUGGAGACAAUGAUCAGGUUUACAUCACUUGCACAGUCCUUAUGUGCGACGUGAACGAUCCCCUCUCCAGAUGUGCCAUGGGUUGUUUGAACGAGAAGUUCCGCAGGCGCAGACGAGCAGUGGGCAUGCAGACCUCCAUCCACUCGUUGACUCAAGGUCCUUUUCAGUUUGUCAGUGAGGCUGUUCCCAGUGCAGCUGUCCACCACAACAAUGGUGUGGUGAAAAUAGGGCAUGCUGACAUGAUUAAAGCUGAUGUGAGAAAGACGACUGAGAUGGACUACGGUGAUGUGAUGAGAAAGAGUGACACUCCUAUGCCAGUUUCUGGAGAAACCAAAUUGAGGGGAGGACAAAUGGAAAUCAGAGAGAUGUUCAGCACCAGCAUCAGCACUAUGGUCUUUGGUAGUGCGUGCUCGUUGUCUGUGGUAGUGUUGGCUGUGGUUGUUGCCUACUACACACGAAAGAGCAAAGGAGGGGACCAGAAACCUCUUCUGGUUUAUCAAUCCAUGAACUGAACCCAACUAACUAACUAACUAAACUAACUAACUAACUAACUAACUAACUAACCUUAUUCCUUAACAAAGUGAUAUACAUCUUUAUAAUGGGGCCUAACCUUUUUUAUGUUCAAAUUCAUGGUUACAUGAUUUGACACGGCGGCACGGUGGACGACUGGUUAGAGCGUCAGCCUCACAGUUCUGAGGUGCGGGGCUCAAUCGCCGUCCCCGCCUGUGUGGAGUUUGCAUGUUCUCCCCGUGCCUGCGAGGGUUUUCUCCGGGCACUCCGGUUUCCUCCCACAUCCCAAAAACAUGCAUUAAUUGGAGACUCUAAAUUGCCCGUAGGCAUGAUUGUGAGUGCGAAUGGUUGUUAGUUUCUAUGUGCCCUGCGAUUGGCUGGCAACCAGUUCAGGGUGUACCCCGCCUCCUGCCCGAUGACAGCUGGGAUAGGCUCCAGGACGCCCGCGACCCUAGUGAGGAGAAGCGGCUCAGAAAAUGGAUGGAUGGAUGGAUGAUUUGACACAGGCCUGGACUGGCUUGGAUAUUAGCCUUGUGGUUGUGAAUGUUGUCAAGCCCUGAAUGUAUUUACAUGUUCUUGUUGCUCUUUAAUAAUUGUAACAAACUGUUGCGGUAUGUGUUUUACGGACCUUGAAUAAGGUCAUAUCCCGCAGCGCCAGCUUUAGACACUCAACUUGACCAGCUGGUUGUGAUUUUCACAGACUAGUCUGAUUUACUAGCCAGCAAUGUUUUCUGAUAAUUCUUCAAUUAUGUACAUGGUUCGCCUCUCAUUUCUACUGUUUUCAAUAUUCCUCCUUCUUAAGACUUAGUAAGCCACAACUGUCAAUAAAUAUGCAAAAUAGUAUGUUUAUUCAGGUUGCUUUGUAGGUACAAAUUGUGGACGACUCAGUUUGACUCCUAAUAAAGAUUGCCACUUUUA